UGCAGCAGCGACAGGGGCUCCGAUCGCCGUAAAAGAAACGUACACCGAAACGUGAGGGCUGCACGCACUUUCGAACUCGCCGAGUCGGGCUUCGUCGGAUCAGCGAGCCCAGUUAGCUGCCGACGCCACCAGACUGCGAGACAGCGCUCCUGUCGGUCGACCGGGAGGGCAGGGAGCGCGAUGUCGAGCGCCGGCCGCGGCCGCGGCAGCCUCUGACGAGUGGCGUCGCAGGGAACUCUGCAGCCCAGCUGGUCCGCACGCACAGAUUGUUCUCUGCAACUGGAUCAUCCGACUAGACGCAGACGAUAUUUAACCGCAGAAGGAUAUGACGCCGUCUCUGCCGAGCUGUGCCCUGCUCGAGAACUCUUAGCUAGCGUCAAGCGUGAGCACGGAUUCAAGCUGCGCCCUCUCCGAAAGGACGAUGCGCAGUGGCUCGCCGGCCUGGCAAUAGCGCCUGCCCUCUCGACCCCAACCCGCGACCGGCCGCCCGGACGCGCCGUGGCGCUGUUGCAGGCUGAGGGUGGACAUGACAGAGACGGCCGGCCGCGCCCGCAGCCCGCCCCCGCCGGCCGCCGCCGCCGCCGCCCCACAGCCCGCCCGGGGCCGCCACUGCUGUUAGCCGCCCCCGCCAGCGCCACCUGGGACCAUGUCCGAGGACCUAGAGUCCAUAUCAGAGGAAGAACGCAGCUUGUUCCGUCCGUUCACCCGCGAGUCGCUGGCCGCCAUCGAGGCGCGUAUCGCCGAGGAAUAUGCCAAGCAGAAGGAGCUCGAAAAGAAGAGAGCUGAGGGAGAACAGGGGGAUUUUGGACGGAGGAAAAAGAAAAAAGAAGUUCGGUAUGAGGACGAGGACGAAGAUGAAGGGCCACAGCCAGAUCCAACACUGGAGCAGGGUGCACCGCUGCCCGUUCGGCUCCAGGGAGGUUUCCCAGCAGAACUUGCCUCCACCCCUCUUGAGGAUAUUGAUAGUUUCUACCAUAACCAGCGGACAUUCGUAGUGGUUAGUAAAGGAAAGGAUAUUUUCCGAUUCAGUGCAACAGAUGCCUUGUGGAUUCUGGAUCCUUUCAAUCCUAUUCGAAGAGUUGCUAUAUAUAUUUUGGUUCAUCCCUUAUUUUCACUUUUUAUCAUCACAACAAUUUUAACGAACUGCAUCUUCAUGAUCAUGCCUACUACACCAGUAAUAGAAUCAACAGAAGUAAUUUUUACUGGCAUCUACACAUUUGAAUCAGCCGUAAAGGUGAUGGCAAGAGGGUUCAUACUUCAGCCAUUUACGUACCUUAGAGAUGCAUGGAACUGGCUGGACUUCGUAGUAAUAGCUUUAGCUUAUGUUACCAUGGGGAUAGAUCUAGGAAACCUGGCUGCCUUGAGAACUUUCAGGGUCCUUCGAGCUUUGAAGACUGUAGCUAUUGUCCCAGGUUUGAAGACCAUUGUCGGUGCUGUGAUUGAAUCUGUGAAGAAUCUGCGGGAUGUGAUCAUAUUGACCAUGUUCUCUUUAUCUGUUUUUGCCUUAAUGGGCCUCCAGAUUUACAUGGGUGUCCUCACACAAAAAUGCAUAAAAAACUUUCCCAUGGAUGGGUCAUGGGGAAAUCUUACGGAUGAAAACUGGGAGAGAUUUGUGAGCAAUGAAACAAACUGGGUGAAGGAAGGGUAUGAAUUUCGUCUUUGUGGAAACUCAUCAGGAGCAGGGCAGUGUGAAGAAGGAUACACGUGCCUUCAAGGAUAUGGCCCAAAUCCAAAUUAUGGUUACACUAGUUUUGAUACUUUUGGUUGGGCAUUGUUAUCUGCCUUUAGGCUCAUGACUCAAGACUUUUGGGAAAAUCUCUAUCAGUUGAUUCUCCGAUCAGCAGGUCCAUGGCAUAUGUUGUUUUUUAUAGUUAUUAUUUUUUUGGGUUCAUUUUAUCUUGUCAACUUAAUAUUGGCCAUUGUUGCUAUGUCAUAUGAUGAAUUACAAAAGAAGGCAGAAGAGGAAGAAGCAGCAGAGGAAGAAGCUAUCAGGGAAGCAGAAGAGGCAGCCCAAGCAAGAGAAAAUAGGCAGGCAGCACGAGAAGCAGCAAGAGUAUCAGCAGCAGCAGCUCAAGCUGCAGCCAAUGUCGUCAAGUCACCAUCUGAUUUUUCGUGUCACAGUUAUGAGCUCUUUGUAGGUCAAGAGAAAGGCAAUGAUGAUAACAACAAGGAAAAAAUGAGCAUUCGUAGUGAAGGUGGAGAUUCACUUAGUGAACAUCGGGGUCGUACAAUAGGGCCUAAUGGCAAGGUGCGGAAGGUGAGCGCGGUCCCCUGUCAGUACAGAGAUUACACUGCAACUAAAAGACAGUUAACUUUUUCUUACCAGGAAAAUCUCAUGAAGGCCAGCCUGAGUCUUCCGGGCUCUCCAUUCAACCUGAGGCGAGGUUCACGGGGCAGCCACCAGUUCACGCUGAGAAACGGCCGUGGUCGCUUUGUGGGACCCCCAGGAGGGGACCGCAAGCCUCUCGUGCUCUCCACCUACUUAGAUGCCCAAGAGCUGCAGUGGGGAGACCACAUCGAAGAUGUCAUAGGACGAGCAUACAGAGCACUGCAUAAGGAACACUUGCCAUAUGCGGAUGACUCAAAUGCAGUAACACCAAUGUCGGAAGAAAAUGGUGCUAUAGUGGUUCCUGUCUACUAUGCCAGCAUUGGUUCACGAAAUUCAUCGUAUACCUCACAUGCAUCACGAGUUUCGUAUACAUCUCAUGGUGACCUACUUGGUGGUGUUCCUGUCACAAAGGAGAGCCGACUUCGUGGAAGAAGUCGUAACAAUCCUGCUCCCCCAAACACUGUGCCCUACAUGUCUGCUGCCAUGAACCACAAACACCCUUUUGAUGCUUCUUUAGACAGUGAAGAUGGACCAGCCAAAAUGAAACAUCAAGACAAUCCAUUUAUAGAGCCUACACAACAACAAACUGUUGUUGAUAUGAAAGAUGUGAUGGUGUUGAACGACAUCAUAGAACAAGCAGCAGGCCGGCAAAGCAGGGCAAGUGAACAUGGAGCAGCUGAUGAUGAUGAUGAUGAAGGUCCUACAGUGAAAGAAAAAAUUCUUGCGUUCUGUAUUCGUUGCAUUGACAUCUUCUGUGUAUGGGACUGCUGUUGGUUGUGGUUAAAAUUUCAAGAAUAUGUUGCACUCAUAGUGUUUGAUCCUUUUGUUGAACUCUUCAUUACAUUGUGCAUCGUUGUCAACACACUUUUCAUGGCUCUUGAUCAUCAUGACAUGAACAAGGACAUGGAAAAAGCAUUGAAAAGUGGAAAUUAUUUCUUCACGGCAACUUUUGCAAUUGAAGCAACUUUAAAACUAAUUGCCAUGAGUCCAAAAUAUUAUUUUCAAGAAGGCUGGAAUAUUUUUGAUUUUAUUAUUGUGGCUCUGUCUUUAUUGGAACUGGGACUUGAAGGAGUUCAAGGCCUGUCAGUGCUCAGGUCAUUUCGACUGCUCAGAGUUUUCAAGCUUGCAAAAUCAUGGCCAACUCUGAAUUUGCUAAUUUCUAUAAUGGGUAGAACUGUUGGUGCCUUAGGAAAUUUGACCUUUGUGUUAUGUAUAAUUAUAUUCAUAUUUGCUGUUAUGGGUAUGCAGUUAUUUGGUAAGAACUAUACAGAUUAUGUGGAAAGAUUUCCAGACCAGGAUUUACCCAGAUGGAACUUCACAGACUUCAUGCAUUCCUUCAUGAUUGUAUUUCGUGUACUGUGUGGAGAAUGGAUAGAAUCCAUGUGGGAUUGUAUGCUUGUUGGAGACUGGUCAUGUAUACCCUUCUUUUUGGCAACAGUUGUAAUUGGAAACUUAGUUGUCCUUAAUCUUUUCUUGGCGCUGCUACUCAGUAACUUUGGUUCAUCAAACUUGUCAGCUCCAACAGCUGACAAUGACACCAACAAGAUUGCAGAGGCAUUUGAUCGCAUUUCAAGGUUUAUCAACUGGAUGAAACGUAGUAUGCUAAAUUUGGCAAAAUUGAUGAGGGCCAAAUUAACUAACCAGAUUUCCGAUCAGACGCCAGAUGCCCAUGAUCGAGAUGCUGAUGCCGAUUAUGUUGGAGAUGAGAUAAUAGCUGAUGGGAUAGUGUACAGAGACAAGAAAUUUCUCAAAGAACAAACUCAAGUGGAAGUUGCAAUUGGUGAUGGGAUGGAAUUCACAAUUCAUGGUGACCUUAAAAAUAAACUGAAGAAGGGUAAACUAAUGAUGAACAAUGCUAAACUGAUUGGGAAUUCUAUCAAGGAGAACCAUCAAGAUAACAGGAUAGAAAAUGAAUACUAUAAGCAAAGAUUAGAAGAAGAUGUCAUAAGCAAUAAAUCCUAUGGCAGUCACAAAAACCGUCCAUUUAAGGAUGACAGCCAUAAAGGUAGUGCUGAGACACUAGAUGGAGAGGAGAAAAAAGAUAUUAGCAAAGAAGAUCUGGAGGAUGAGGGAGAUCUUGAAGAAGAAGGUGAAGGGGAAGAAGGUCUUCUGGAAGAAGAUAUGGCACUCGAAGCUGGCUCAGAAGAUGCAGCAGGGCAAGAAUACCCGUCCGACUGUUUUCCAGAGCCUUGUUAUAAGCGUUUCCCAUUCCUUGCUGGUGACGAUGAUGCACCAUUUUGGCAAGGUUGGGCAAACCUUCGUUUGAAGACCUUCCAGCUAAUUGAGAACAAAUAUUUUGAGACAGCUGUCAUCACUAUGAUUCUGCUCAGCAGUCUGGCUUUGGCAUUGGAAGAUGUCCAUUUACAACAGAGGCCCAUUCUUCAAGAUAUUUUGUACUAUAUGGAUCGAAUAUUCACUGUUAUUUUCUUCCUUGAGAUGUUAAUUAAAUGGCUGGCAUUGGGUUUUAGAAAGUAUUUUACAAAUGCCUGGUGCUGGCUAGAUUUCAUCAUUGUGAUGCUCUCUCUGAUAAACCUUGCGGCCAUUUGGGCCGGUGCUGCUGAUAUUCCUGCAUUCCGCUCGAUGCGGACCCUGCGUGCACUGAGACCAUUGCGCGCAGUCUCGCGCUGGGAGGGGAUGAGAGUUGUCGUCAACGCUCUUGUGCAAGCUAUUCCCAGCAUCUUUAAUGUGUUAUUGGUUUGUUUGAUAUUCUGGCUCAUUUUUGCUAUUAUGGGAGUACAGCUGUUUGCUGGAAAAUACUUCAAGUGUCAAGACUCCAACGACACUACAUUAAGUCAUGAAAUUAUCCCAGACAAGAACUCUUGUUUGGCAGAAAAUUACACUUGGGUGAAUUCACCGAUGAAUUUUGAUCAUGUUGGAAAAGCCUACUUAUGCCUCUUUCAAGUUGCAACAUUCAAAGGAUGGAUACAGAUCAUGAAUGAUGCUAUAGAUUCAAGAGAGGUGGACAAGCAGCCAAUCCGAGAAACCAACAUUUAUAUGUACCUGUAUUUUGUAUUCUUCAUUAUCUUUGGAUCAUUUUUCACUCUUAAUCUGUUCAUUGGAGUGAUUAUUGACAACUUCAAUGAACAGAAGAAAAAGAUAAGUGGCUCUUUGGAAUUGUUCAUGACUGAGGAUCAGAAGAAGUACUAUAAUGCUAUGAAGAAAAUGGGCUCAAAGAAACCCCUAAAGGCUAUACCACGUCCAAGGUGGAAGCCCCAAGCAAUUGUAUUUGAAAUUGUGACCAAUAAAAAGUUCGACAUGAUAAUCAUGUUGUUCAUUGGCUUAAAUAUGCUGACGAUGACGCUAGAUCACUAUCAGCAAACAGAAACCUUCAGUCAAGUUUUAGACUACCUCAAUAUGAUCUUCAUAGUCAUUUUUAGUUCAGAAUGCCUUAUGAAAAUAUUUGCCCUUCGAUAUCACUACUUCAAAGAACCAUGGAAUCUCUUUGAUUUUGUAGUUGUGAUUUUGUCUAUACUAGGUUUGGUGCUCAGUGAUAUUAUUGAGAAGUACUUUGUGUCACCAACUCUUCUGAGGGUCGUUCGAGUAGCAAAAGUGGGCAGAGUGCUCCGUCUAGUUAAAGGUGCUAAAGGCAUCAGAACUCUUUUGUUUGCAUUGGCGAUGUCAUUGCCAGCACUGUUUAACAUCUGUCUGCUACUCUUCCUAGUGAUGUUCAUCUUUGCCAUUUUUGGUAUGUCAUUCUUUAUGAAUGUGAAGGAGAAGAGUGGGAUUGAUGAUGUCUAUAACUUCAAAACUUUUGGACAGUCAAUGAUCCUACUUUUCCAGAUGUCAACAUCUGCUGGAUGGGAUGGUGUACUAGAUGGAAUUAUUAAUGAGGAAAACUGCAACAAGCCCAACAGUGAAAUUGGCUAUCCUGGAAAUUGUGGUUCGGCUACUGUAGGCAUUGCUUUUCUCCUGUCAUACCUUGUAAUUAGUUUCCUCAUCGUCAUCAACAUGUACAUAGCAGUCAUCUUAGAAAAUUACUCACAGGCAACAGAAGACGUCCAGGAAGGUCUCACAGAUGAUGACUAUGACAUGUACUAUGAAAUAUGGCAGCAAUUUGACCCCAAUGGUACACAGUAUAUCCGUUAUGAUCAGUUAUCUGAUCUCUUUGAUGUGCUGGAGCCACCAUUGCAGAUCCACAAGCCAAAUAAGUACAAGAUAGUGUCAAUGGACAUACCAAUCUGCAAAGGGGACCUAAUGUACUGCGUAGAUAUUUUGGACGCACUCACAAAGGACUUCUUUGCGCGGAAAGGGAACCCAAUUGAUGAGACUGCAGAGCUGGUUGAGGUUAAAGUGGGACAGCCAGGUUACGAGCAUGUUUCAUCGACAUUGUGGCGUCAGCGAGAAGAGUACUGUGCUCGCCUCAUCCAGAAUGCAUGGCGGAAGCACAAACAGCAGCGGCUCGGUGGGCCCAGUGAUGAGUCAGACGCCGUGCCCUGCGAUGGCGACAUCGACGCAGAUGGUAGCGACGAUCGUCGACAGACAGCCGUGCUUGUCGAGAGCGACGGCUUCGUCACCAAGAACGGCCACCGUGUCGUCAUCCAUUCGCGCUCGCCCAGCGUGACGUCGCGGUCAACGGACGUGUGAGCACGGCCGCCCCUCCCCCCGCCCCCGCCCCUGCCCCCGCCGUCGCCUCCGCCGCCCGCCGCCGCCGCCCCCACGCGGACGCCCCGCCUCCCCGGCGUCUCCAGUGGGGUCGGCCGUGCCACGGGAGGGGCCGCCAGCUUCUCACAGUUUUAAAAUGGGCUGAACUUGACGCGUGUGUGCUUCGUUUGCGGAAACAGUUUUUAUUCAUCCUCCAUAUUGCCAGUGCCACGUUAUAUAUCUGUUUGUAAAAUUCAAGCUUUCGAACACGUGAACAUGUCGACAUGUUGGUUAUUUUUGUAAAGGUCGUUUUAGUUUCCUCUCACAGUACCGCCGAAACGCAUGGUGUGUCGGGCGGUGUAGUUGUAGAGAGGAAGUCGGCAUGAAUUGCUUGUAACAUGUUUUUUUAAGGGUGAGAAGAGCAUGUAAGCUGUGGUUGUUGUUAGAAUCUGUUUUCUUCUUGUGCUAACUGUUCCGUGUUUUCGAUUGUUAUUUUUAUACACUAUUCUUCCUUUCAGAAUCCACAAAGGUAUUUUGAAUACGUCUCGCGUAUGAAAGCAUAGAUAUUUUUGUUCCAAAGUGUCGAACUGUGAUUCUCUCCAUUCCGUUAUCUUUGGGGAAAAUUUCGGAAAUGUUUGACAUAAGAGUUCUAAACUUGUUGCACAAUAAAUACUCUAAAAAAUAAAACGGCAUUUCACAUAAUUUAUCACCCAUCAGAUGCCGCCAUUUAAUUUGCACAAAUGAGAAAAGCACAAGCAGAUGUGAAGUAGGGUUCUAUACAGAUUACGUCCCAUUUUUUGUACGCUGAGCAAUUUGUCUUUUGUGUUGUAUAAAACUGUGAUGAAUUUAGAACUCUUAUUGUACUAAGCAAUGUGUGUAUGAGUGUUCUUUUCUUUUCUAAAGAAUAUUUUUAAUUGAGGUCAUCAGAAAAAUCCCAUAUUAAAAUCUCUUAGUGUAACAGUUGCAUUUUCUUGAUGCAGUUGUUUAAACAUUUGAAAUACAAAAUGCAAUAACAAAAAUUUGAUUUUCCUGAGACACUUUUUAUAUAUCUACUUAGAUUUGAUGACAGUGCCCAUAAAUGAUUACUCCUUAAAUUCAGCUUCCCAGGAAUGGCAACACAAAGAUAUCAUUGCAUUGUUAAAACUCAUGAAAUAAAAUUGUUUAAAUCAAAGUCAGAAUCUAAUCAGUUUUUAUUAUUUUAUGGCAAAAUUUCAUAUUUUCUAAUUUUUGUAGCAUUGACUUUAAACUAGGUUACAAAUGAUGCUAUAGUGCGGUUUUGCAGGUAUGUGGGAUCUUCAUGUGACAGUUACUUCCCCAUGUCUGUGCAGAAACCAUCUGCCUGCACAUCCUCACACAGCUCCCAUCUACAUAAUUUCACCACAACUGCAUAGCAAAAUGUUGUUAUUAUGUACAAAUUCCUUCUUUGUUUUAGGUGUUAGUAUUAUUUGGUCCUACUUUUUACAACCAAUGGUUCAAAAAUAUAUAGUUCUUCCACCCUUAUAAACAAAAAAUAAGGAUAACAGUACAUGUUAUAAGUUGCAGUAAAUUUGGAUUCAGAAUCCAGAGAAUGGUUAUACAAAUGUGAUAACAUUUCUUAAUUAAUAAAAUUUGUUUUAUAUACAAAGAUAUGAAAUAAAGUUAUACAUUCAUCUCUACAUUUUGUUACAGAAAUUUAUUAACUCAUGCAAGUGGUUAAUUUUAAGAGUAUUUUAUUAUAUUUAAAUAAUCUCGUUAAUUCAGAUGUUGUUUAAUUUUUAAUUUGAAGCAAACUAUAUAUUUGUUGUCACUGCUCUCAGUGUAUUAAGAUAAAACUUAACCUCUGACACCUGUCUAAAAAGCUUCAGUCUUUCCUAGAGCUUUGUAAAUUCAUGGCUGACAAGUGUGUCAUUUGUUGAAGUUAGUCAUAUUAGUGCAAAUUAAUGUCCAUAAAAUGUUAUUCAUAUUGUUAAAUAUUUUUUUAACACACAGUUUGACUAAAAGUAAAUAGCAAAAAAUGUUACACAUUGCCAGAAAUUCCAAGGAAUCAUAUCUGCACUGAAACAUCAUUGGAGAAAUAUGUCACAUCCUUUAUAUGUGUGUAGUAUUGGUUCUUUGGAAGUUCGUUGCCGUGUGAGUGGAUACUGAACCAAGUUGUAAACAUUUCUGCCUGCCUCUUCCCCAUCACUACUAGUGUGUGUGUGUGUGUGUGUGUGUGUGUGUGUGUGUGUGUGUGUGUCCAUGCACACAUGUGAACACAAGUCGUGUGCGUGUGGUGUUGUGGAGAGAGAGAGAGAGAACAUUUUAAUGCGUGUGUGUGCGCGCGUGUGUGUGUGUGUGUGUGUGUGUGUGUGUGUGUGUGUGUGUGUGUGUAUUUUGCCUGUAGCUGCAGAUGCUUGUAUGUAAGCAUGAUUUGUAGGGAGAGACAAAGGGAGAACACCACAAAGCCGAUUUGCUGGAAGGAAUAUUGUGUAAUAACAGGCUUUAAAAACAGUUGUUGCUCAAAAUAUUUCAAAAUGUAAGAAACCUAUGUUCUUCAUUGCUUUUGUAUGCAAAAUAACCAUAACAAGCACACAGAAAAUGAGCCUUUAGAAUGCUAAUAACACUUGUGAUGCCUCAUUUUUUAUAAGUUGAAUAUAUUUUGAGAAAAUAAAAGAUCUUCUCAUUCAAGGAAGUGCUUUGUAGCAUAAUCUUAUGAGUGACAGAGAAACACAGUUGAAUAAUCUGAGCAUUGUUGUUAAUACCUAGCUAUUAUUAUAACUAGCAGAAGGUUAUUUGCUUUUGCCAGGCAGGUUAUGUGGUACAGAGUAAGUUUAUAGCUUCUCAGCACAAUCACUAAUCAAGUCCCUCUGUCCAUAGUUAGAUGUCACAUGCUACAGUUUUAUUUUAAUGUUGAAAAAAUCUUCUGUUAAUAUUAUGUUAAAUAAGGUGAUGAGAGAAGCUAGUAAUUACUGUCUUAAGAUUCCGCUUCAUAUAUUUUAUACAAAAUGAAGGCAGAAUUUAUUUUCACACACACACACACACACACACACACUUAUACAAAUAUGGCAUUGUAGAAUGUAACUUAGUGAACACUGCAGUCACAGUGUUGAAGCAUAGUUUCAAUUAGGCAAACUUGUUACUGAUGUUUGCAAGGACAUCUCUCCACAGUUCUUCUCAUGGCAGAGUCUUCAUAAGUAUUUUUAAUAAUAAAGUGGAGAGUAACUUUAAAAUUGCAUUGAAAUAAGUAAUUUUUCAGUUUUGAUUGUUUUUAUACAACAACAUACAAUAAGAAAAUAUGCAGAGUGCAAACUAAUCUAUUUCAGAUUUAUUUACGAAUGCAAAAUUUUGUGAACUAACCAUAAAUUAUGUAGAGAUAUAUAAGCAUACAAUAAAAUUGUGCUUUAUUGUAUGUUAAUAUGUCAAAAGUAAUGAUGCUAACAAUACAUGCAAGUUAAAAACAACGACUAUUAAAAAUCUUGAAGCUAACAUUUGUAUCAUGAUUAGCAUCAGUUAUCUGUGAAAUUAUUUGGCAUAGAACAUUACAGAAAUUUUAUCUUUCAGCUAAAGACAAAAUUUCUUGUUAAAAAAGAUUUGAGGAAUAUUAUAGCCCUACGGACAAUUAUAAAAUGAGGGUUGUCUAUUUUCACUCCACAAGAUCAAGAGUACAUCUACAAUUUGCCACAAAACUCAUCUGCUUCGUUUUCAGGUUGACAACUUCUGAAAUCCAAUAACAUAUUUUCAUAGCUUCUGUAGCUCUAUAGGCCAAAAACACACUGCUAUUGCAUAGUGUUCUCUCUUACAAACCAGUGUAUCUGAGACAAACCAGCCACACAAAAUAAACAGCAAAAACAUUUUCUAAUAUUUUAUGGUGGGGGAGGUUUCAUGUGCUCCAAAUUUGCAUACAUAAAUAAAUAAAGAAAUAAAUAAAUAUAUAUAUAUCUUUCAUAAGAAGAAGUUUUUAAAAACAUAUAGUAGGCAAUGUGUCAAGCCUAACCAUAAAGAUACAGAUUGGUUUACAAGAAAAGAACCAUAUUCUCAUGGAAAAGGAGAUAAUGUUGCCAUUUCAAUUUUAAGUCUCCAAAUUUUGCCUUUAUGCUUGCACUUUACUUCCUUUGUACAAUGUUUUCAAUUUCACGGUUUGUAAUAUAAUUAUAAUCUGUACAUAAUACAUCAUCGAAUAAAUUUUUGAUAACUUAUGGAAGAAUCCUGCAGUCUGACUUUAUAGUAGCUCCUAAAUAACACUGCUGCAACACAUAUGCACUAUUUCAUAGUUCCCUUCCAGUAAUUA